UGCUCUGCACUGACGGAUACAUGAGAGAGAGAGAGAAUGGAGUAGAAUAACAGGGAAAAACAGCAAGAGGAGCAAGGUUUACGUUAACGGCACAGGAGGGCCAUUCAGAAGAGCCGGGGGUCAAAGGUGAGAAGAGCAGAGGGCACCAUGGAGAGUGAGCCAGGGGCCCCUGCAGGAGGGACCUCCAACACCACCACAACCACCUCCACCUCCACCUCCACCUCCUCCAGCGCCUCAGCCACAAGCAGUAGUACUACCUCUAACACUACUUCUACAGCUGCUACUACUACUUCCACUGGUCCUGGCAGUAAUACCAGUAGUGGCAGUAUUAGUUGUAACACUGGCAGUAGUUCCAGUAGUACUACUACAGCAGGCAGACAGGCGGUGCCUCAGAUAUCUGUUUACAGUGGGAUACCUGACCGACAAACAGUGCAGGUGUUCCAGCAGGCGUUACACAGGCAGCCGAACACAGCAGCACGCUACCUGCAGCAGAUGUACGCUGCUCAGCAGCAGCAUCUGAUGUUACAAACAGCAGCCCUCCAGCAGCACAACCUCAGCACUGCUCAGCUCCAGAGCCUGGCCGCGGUACAGCAGGCCAGUAUCGCAGCUGGCAGGCAAAGCUCUUCACAGAAUGGCAAUUCAUCCCAGCAAACAGGAUCAACUCAGGCUACGAUCAACCUGACCACCUCCCCAGCUGCAGCUCAGCUGAUCAGCCGAGCUCAGAGCAUUAGUUCUACCCCGACCAGUAUCUCCCAGCAGGCUGUUCUGCUGGGCAGCCCGUCCAGCUCCACUCUCACAGCCAGCCAGGCACAGAUGUACCUGCGCGCACAGAUGGCUCAGCAGAGUAACCUGGUGCAGGUGGCCCGGAGCCUUGGUCGGGCUGUUCCUCUGUCCCCACAGCUCAUCUUCACUCCAACAGCCACAGUGACUGCUGUCCAAUCAGAGAGCUCCACACAGGCCUCCUCACAGAAUCAGGUCCAGAAUCUGGCCAUCCGUGGCCAGCAGGGGGCGACCACAGCCUCCUCUCAGACUCACACCCUGCAGGCUCUGAGUCUGAAGCAGAGCCCUGUGCCCAUCCAGCCUGCCUCAAUGGUCAAGAAUCCCAGCCAAGGCACGCAUGCCUCUGCAGGAGGGAAGACCAGCUCCUCAGACGGUUCAUCUGAAGGGAAGAAGGGGGACAGUUCGGCAGUCACAGAAGUCCGAGCUAUUAACAUGAGCCGCAAUGUCACAGCUGUCAGUGCUCAGUCCCUGAUCGCUCCAGCAUACACGCAGAUUCAGCCUCACUCCCUGGUUCAGCAGCACAAGCAGCAGCAGCAGCAGCAGUUUGUGGUCCAUCAGGGUCAAGCUUCCCAGAGGACCACGGGGCAGCUGCUGCAGACGGCCUCCAUUCAACCGUCACAGCACCCGGUCCCCGUGCUGCCCAAACCUGCUCCACACCAGCCCCCAACGCCCAGCCAGCAGGCCACCAUCUUCCACUCCACCAUCAGCCCCCACGCGCUCCACACCCCCCUCAACCACGCCAAAGCUCAGCCCGUCCAGCUCACUGCCAUCAACCUGCAAAUACACCCAACGGCCUCCAGAAUGGUUCAUGACUGUAAAGAUAAGCCAACGUCACUGGUGGUCAGAGAGACGUGUCCGACCCCUGCCACAACGCAGCAACAGCAGCAACCUCAACAGCAACCACGGCAACAACAGCAAUCUGCAGCUGCACCAUCGCAACCCCCCAAGACUGUAGAGCAACUGACGGUCAAGCCUGCGACUCCAGCUGUUCAGCCACAAGGAGGGGGCUCAGCCAAGAGGCCCAACGCUCCACCUGGGACCCCGCCGCCAGCCAUGACCUCAGGGAACGAGAGCGAGGCGCCCACCGUGACGGGCAGCACGCCGCAGAACGGAGAGAACAAACCGCCCCAGGCCAUCGUCAAGCCGCAGGUCCUCACUCACGUCAUCGAAGGCUUUGUCAUCCAGGAGGGAGCCGAGCCAUUCCCCGUGUGUGUGGAGCGUCUGCCCAUUCUCAUCGACAGCCCAAAGAAGCUCGACCACCAGCUCUCCUCAGACCCCGACAAAACCCCCGUCAGCAACGCAGCAAACUCCGACUCUGAGCCCGAGGACAUGAACGAGCCAGACAAAGAUCAGGAACCCAAGCUGACGUGUGAAUACUGCGGCUGGGUCGACUUCGCCUACAAGUUCAAAGGCUCCAAAAGAUUCUGCUCCAUGGUUUGUGCAAAGAGGUACAAUGUGGGCUGCACGAAGCGGAUCGGCCUUUUCCGCCCGGAGAGGAGUAAGCCGACCAAUCGCUGGCGGAGAAGAUCUCAAGGCCGGCCCAGCAUAGAGGCUAAGAAGCAGAAGCUCUCCCCGUCACCGCAGCAGACCCAGGGGGGGUCCGUGUCCUCGCCGCAUCCCUCUCAGCCCAGUCAGGAGGAGUCCAGCCCGUGUUCGGACAUGUCCAGCUACGAGGAGCCGCCGUCCCCCCUGUCUGCUGCUAGCUCAGGACCCCCGGCUCCCACUCCGGCCCCUGCUCAGGUCCCCGUCCACCGGCAUUCCAGCAGGGCCUCGGACCAGGAGGUGCUGAGUGGGAGAGAUGACCCUUCACCCUGUCAGCGCUUCAUAUCCAACGACCCCACCAGGUGGAACGUGGAGGAGGUGUACGAGUUUAUCCGCUCACUGCCAGGUUGUCAGGAGAUCGCAGACGAGUUUCGCUCUCAGGAGAUUGAUGGACAGGCUCUGCUGCUGUUAAAGGAGGACCACCUCAUGAGCACCAUGAACAUUAAACUGGGACCCGCGCUCAAGAUCUUUGCACGCAUCAACAUGCUCAAAGACUCCUAGCAGAAAGUGUGUGUGUGUGUGUGUGUGUGUGUGUGUGUGUGUGUGUGUGUGUGUGUGUGUGUGUGUGUGUGUGUG